CACCCACUAAUCAUAAUUCAUAGCCACCUCUCGUGUCUCGUCUCCUCUCUCAAAGUCAAAUAACCCAAGAAAUCAACCGCCGCUCGCCAAAUAAAAUAGCAUAAAAAUGACAACCCUAACCGCGCCCAAAACCUCCCUAUGCGGUGAUGAUCAUGACCGUCGUUAUUAUGAUCAUGGCUGAUGGACGGUGGUGAUGAUAGGAGUGCACUUUCAUGUGGAGCAAAUCAAUGACCAUAACCCACAGAACACGCUAGCCUUUUCCCUUGGCCACCACCCCCAAACGCACCACACCUAAGCGGUGGUGGCCUCAUCCAUCCGUUUGUAGAUCUCAAAAUCAGCCGCACACCCCUCCACCCACCCACCACUUUAACCCCACCCAACCCCAAAUAUCAAUCAAUGAUGUCACUAAACAACAUCAACAACAACCGCCACUUCCUCUUCCCCUGCUUUUCCUCCUCCCUUGCUAUCGUGCGGCGCUUCAUUUAUCCUCCGCCAACCCCAACCGAGUUUCUUCCUUUUAUUUAUCAAAUACCUCCUUCGUGAUCGACCGAUUCACGUUUUGUUUCCUUCUAUUCUCUAACUUUUGUCUUAGUGUUGUUGCUAUCGUGCGCCGGCGUCUUUAUCGUGCACCAGCGGCCGGCACCGCCAUCGCAAGAUUCUUCCUUUUGUCUCUCGAAUAAUUCUUCUCUUAUCCACCGAUUUACCCAUUUUGUAUCUUUUUGGUUCUUUUGGAAUUACGCCAUGGCUACGACUCCGUCGUCAUCCUCACCACAAGAGACGUCUCAUUCUUUUCCUGUCAACCCGCAACUGCUUCCGGCGCUUCCUGCUCUGCUGCAGCCGUCAUCGGCGACUCCGUCAACGAACCCUCGGCGCCUUCCACCGCCUUGCUGGUCUAACGAUGAGACUGUGGCCCUAAUUGAUGCCUAUCGUGACAAGUGGUACACCCUGCGCCGUGGAAAUCUGAAGGCUAACCACUGGCAGGAGGUCGCAGAAGAUGUGGCUCGACGCUGCCCUAUUGCUUCGCCUCCUAAGACCGCCGUCCAAUGCCGGCACAAGAUGGAGAAGCUGCGUAAGCGGUACCGCGCAGAGAUCCAGCGUGCGAGAUCUAUGCCCGUCUCUAGGUUUUCGUCGUCCUGGGUCCACUUCAAGCGUAUGGACGCUAUGGAGAAGGGUCCAUCAGCGAAACCCACUUACAAUUCCGGUAGUGAUAACGAGAAUGACGUGGAUGAUAGCGAUCAUGACGAUAACGGCAAUCAAGAUUUCUAUGAAGAUGGGUUGUUCAAUAACAGUCGGAACAGAGAGUCUGAUAAUAUGAGGAGUGUGAACAAGAUGUAUCGGAAUGUUGUGGUCACGGGCUCUGGCAGUGGAGCUGCUGGAGGUGGGUAUAGGAUCCGGAUACCCACUGGUGUGAGUAUAGCUCAGCCUGCUCCGUCUAAAUUUUAUGCAAAAAUUGAUAACAGAUAUAGUCCACUCCCUAACCCUAAUUUAAAUAACAACAGUAACCCUAAUUCUAAAUCCGGGUUUGGGGCUAGGGUUGACAGGGAGUUUGAUGAGAAGCCAAGGAAGAGGGAGAGGGGAAAGGAGGAGGAUAAGGAACCAGUUGCGGAGAUGGUGGGAGCCAUAAAAUUGUUGGGGGAUGGGUUUGUGAGGAUGGAGCAGAUGAAGAUGGAGAUGGCGAGGGAGAUGGAGACUAUGAGGAUGGAGAUGGAGAUGAAGCGAACAGAGAUGAUUCUAGAAUCCCAGCAACGGAUUGUGGAGGCCUUUGCGAAGGCCAUGUCUGAUAAUCAGAAGAAAGCUAAGAGAAUGCCUUCACCAGAAUCUUAGGGACAUAAAUGUGCUGGCUUUAGCACUCCCUGGCUUGGUUUUUCUCAAGAUGGAGUCAUGUAAGCUCAAGGUUUUCAAUGUCUAGUUCAAUUUCAUGCCGCAUUUUUAUUAUAUCUUGAGCUAUUGAAUGAUGUAUUGUAGAACUUUUAAAUGUUUAGACUGCUGUGAGCUCGAGAUUUUUAAUGUCUAGUUCAAUUUCACGCGGCAUUUCUAUUAUAUCUUGAAUGAUGUAGAACUUUAAAUGGUUUAGAAUGCUGUUUUAGAUUGGUAGCUUUCUUUUCUUAAGUUGUAGGCUGAGGUAACCCAACUGUGUCAUCUUUGGAAUUUGAUUCAAUGUGGAGGAACCAAGUUGUUUCAUAUUCUGCUUAUAUCGAGAAUGGUUACUUGUAUGAUGUUUGGAUUACCGCAUGGUAAAGUUUGUUUUAUCAUGUAAAGGAUGCUUAAUCUGGGGA